AUGACAUGUGCAAAGAACCAUGUCUUGGAGAGCUUGGGCACCUCGAAGGACAAUGGUUGGGGCUGUGAUGGUCGGCUUCAGCCUGGUGGGUGUCGAAGUGGCUUGACGGGUUUUCAUCAAUCGCAGGGCCUACGGCGCUUUCGGUGUGAGGCCUGUGAUUUUGAUUUCUGUGAAGAGUGCUACUUGGAGCAACUGAACUCCAGACGCUGCACUAAAGGCCAUGUCCUUGUCUCUUUAGGGACCUCAUUAGACAAUGGCUGGUUCUGCGAUGCUACCAAAGAGGGCGGAUGCAGAAGCAAGGAGUGCGGCUUCAAAGACACGAAAGGUUUGCCACGCUUCAGAUGCGAGAGUUGUGACUAUGAUUUAUGCGAGCGGUGUUACACCAGCCCUGCAGCAGUGAAGGGCUGUGAGAAAGGCCAUAAGCUAAGAGGAUUGGGUUUGACCAGGGACAACGGUUGGUGUUGCGAUGGAAACAAGCUCUUUGGUGAGUGCAAGCGUGGCAUGAAAGGCUACAAGAAAUCCAAGGGCAUCUUCCGCUUUCGUUGCGAGGUUUGUGAUUUCGAUCUCUGUGACAAGUGCCAUGAAGCCCGACCUCCAUUGGAGUCCAAGGCAAUGGAACGACGAGAGGGACCUUUGAAGGCCACCAACAUGGAAGUGCACGCUUCGUUGAUCCCUGAGUACUGGGACAAGAGCAUUUUGGAAGAUAUUGAGAUGGGAAACGGCUUAAGUCCUACAGAAGAAGGAACUCUGAACAAGUUUGCAAAGAUUCCCCUCAAUGAGAAGGAAAUCGAUGCAAUUCAGAAACUAUUUGACUCCACACACAAGAAGGUCUACACCCGUGAUCGCAAGGGUGCAAAGGUCCCCGAUGGCUUCGAAGUGGUGCGCGUGGAUCGAAUCCAGAACCUGCAAAACUGGGCAGAGUUCCGGCUGAGGCAACAAGAGAUUCUGGAAGAGAUCGAGAAACUGAAGGAGAAAGGCGAGAAAGGUGUUUGUGCAAAUGGCCACGAGUUGGAACCCCUGGGCACCUCCGAAGACAAUGGCUGGGGAUGCGAUGCUCGCAGUGAUGGCGGCUGCCUCUCAGGAAUCACGGGCUUCCAUCAAACGAAGGGCAUGAACCGCUUUCGCUGCGAUCGCUGCGACUUCGACUACUGCGAGAAGUGCUACAUCUUGCGGACUGGAGCGAAGCUUUGCCUCAAGGGCCAUCCCUUGACUCCUCUAGGCACCACGAAGGAUAAUGGCUGGUUUUGUGACAACAAGCGUACCAAGCAAGGUUGCCUUCGUGACAGCAAGACCAAGGGGGUGGACCGAUAUCGCUGUGAGCAAUGUGACUAUGACUUGUGUGACUUGUGCUAUCAAAAGCACAUCGGCCACGUCUUGAACAACUUGAAGACUGAUCAAAUGGACAUGCAUUCCCAUGAAGAUGACAAAGACAGCAACACGGUUUGGCUCUUUCAUGGCACAUCCAGUGAAGCGGCUGAGCUCAUCACGCGCGGUGACUUUUUGGUGGACAAAGCCGGUUCGAACGCUGGGACCUUAUACGGUCGAGGCAUUUAUUUGGCGGAAAGUUGCAGCAAGUCCGACGAAUACUCCCGGGAGAAUUCCGAUGGACAUCGAUGUAUCCUUCUUUGCCGGGCCGUGCUGGGAAACAUUUUGUACAACGACGAUGUAAGUCCAAACCUGGACUGCUUAUUGCGGCAGAUCCGCGACAAGCAAUACCACAGUCUUCUAGGUGACCGUGAGAAGUGCCGAAGAACAUUUCGAGAAUUUGUGGUCUAUGAUGACGACCAGGUGUAUCCAGAGUUUGCUGUAUGGUACAAGCGCGUUUACCAGGAAGAGAAAAAGUAG